AUGUCCUUCACCAAGUACAUUCUCCCCGCCCUUGCGGUGACCCAGGCUGCUUUUGCCUCCACCUCUUGCGGUGACACCACCAUCUCCAGCCAGACUGAUGCCGACACCCUCUCCGCUGACUGCACCACUGUCAGCGGUGAUGUGACCAUCUCCGAGUCCUACUCCCAGUCCCUUGACCUGGGUAGCAUCAAGAAGAUCACCGGUACCCUCACUUGCACUGACGCCUCCAACCUCACCAGCAUCACUGGUGCCUCCCUCACCUCCAUUGGUGGUAACUUCACCCUGGAUGGUCUCACCACCCUCAGCGAGCUGAGCUUCGCUGAGCUCACCAGCAUUGGCAGCAUCGCCUGGCAGGCACUCCCCGCUCUGUACUCUCUGGACUUCGCUGCCGGUGUUACCGAGGUCGGUGAUCUUAACAUCUUGAACACCGCCUUGACCACCCUGGACGGUAUCUCCCUGAAGACCGUUGGUCAGUUCCAGAUUGAGGACAACACUGGCCUCAAGACUGUCAACAUCAGCAACCUCCAGAACGCCACUGGUCUUAUCAGCUUCGCCGGUAACCUCGACACCCUCGAGGUUGACCUUGCCAACCUUGGCACUGGUACCUCCAUGACUUUCCGUAACAUCAGCAGCAUCUCUAUCCCCUCCCUGGAGACCCUGACCGGUCAGCUCGGAUUCUGGGGCACUGAUUUCGCCACUUUCUCCGCCCCUGCUCUCACCACCACUGGUGACCUUGUCUUCACCGACAACUCCAAGCUUUCCAACAUCAGCAUGCCCAUCCUGAAGACCGUCUCCGGUGGUUUCACCAUUACCCGCAACGACGACCUCCAGGUCAUCGAUCUUCCCGACCUUGAGACCGUUGCUGGUGCCAUUGACUUCACCGGUAACUUCUACGAGGUUGAGUUCGGUUCCCUUGAGCGUGUUGCCGGUGCUUUCCUCUUGGAGUCCACCAACGGUACCUUCUCUUGCCCCAAGUUGAAGGCCGCCUACGAGGCUACCGACAUUGUCAAGGGUAAGUGGACUUGCGACGCUACCGACCCCGACCCCACCACCUCCACUGGUGAGUCCGGCACCGAGUCCUCCUCCACCUCUACCUCCACUGCCACCAGCUCCGGUGCUGCCAUUGCCAACGGUGUCGCCAUGCCCGUUGCCGGUGUCGCCGCUGUCUUCUACGCCCUUGCUCAGCUCAUCUAA